AACCUAUUCAGACGUUUGUGGCAAAAAAGGCCAAAUCGUUACUGAUAUAAAGCUAAAAUGAAGACUUAACUUGAUAGAAUUUUAUAAAAUCUACUGAUUGUGAAUGAAUUUAUUUAAAACAGUUCAAAGUGAUUAUCCUAUUCAGACGUUUGUGGCAAAAAUAAAACACUAAAUAGAAAGUAUAUUCGAAAAAAAAUAAACUGUGAUAUCAAUGAAAUAAUUUAUAAAAAUAAUAAAUUUGUAUCCUCCUAAUUAAACACUAUUUGGCGGCAAAAUGUCAGUGUUAAACACUACCUCCUCGGUCUUAAGUGACAUCGCCCAAUUCACUUUCAAUACGUUCGAUUAUACGGUUUUUGUGUUAAUGUUGUGUAUUUCCGCGGCUAUCGGUGUGUAUUUCGGUUUCUUUGCCAAAGGCGAAGAGACAACCGAGGAAUAUUUACAUGGCGGCAAACAAAUGAAAGCUUUACCAAUUGCCAUUUCUUUGGUGUCCAGUCAGCUUUCGGGUUUUACCUUUAUGGCCAUACCGGCGGAAAUGUAUUCGUUUGGCAUAAAUUGGGGGUUCAAUCUUGUAUCGAUGGUCGUCACAAUACCCCUGCUAUGUUGGGUGAUUUUACCCGUGUUCUAUAAUAAUGGAAUUUCCAAUUGUUACGAGUAUUUACAAUUGCGUUUUAAUCGCAAAACGCGAAAACUAUUGACAGCAGCUUUCACUAUGUCACUAUUCUUUAUGCUGCCCGUUUUUACUUUCAUACCCUCAUUGGCUUUCUCACAAGUUACUGGCAUUAAUAUUCAUCUAAUCAAUGGCAUUGUCUGUUCCAUCUGUGUCUUCUACACAAUGUUUGGUGGCAUUAAAGCUGUCGUUUGGACUGAUGUGGUACAGGCCGCUAUAAUGGUAGUAUCGGUGAUAUUGGUGUCAGUUAUUGGUGCCAAUAAAGUGGGUGGUUUCGGCGAAGUGUUUCGUAUAGCUAGUGAAGGUGGCAGAUUAGAUGUUAAUUAUACAUUCGAUUUUACCACACGUUCGACAUUUUGGAAUUGUUUAAUUAGUUCCACCGUGACAUGGACCACAUUUUUGGGUCUAGAUCAAAGUAGUAUACAGAGAAUUGUUUCGCUACCAAGAUUAAAACAAGCCAGACAUUCCCUGAUAAUAUUCGGUUUUGUCUUCGUUAUAAUCAUGGCCUUCAAUUGUCUAACCGGUAUUGUAAUGUAUGCCCGCUACCAUGAUUGUGAUCCCCUGGCUGCUGGUUACGUGGAAAAAGCCGAUAAAUUGAUGCCCUUCUUUGUCCAAGAUGUUGUGGGUCAUCUUAAGGGUAUGCCGGGUGUAUUCAUAUCGUGUGUCUUCAGUGCUGCCUUGAGUACCAUGUCGGUCAGUAUGAAUGCGUUGGCUGGUAUUGUUUAUUUCGAUUGCAUAAAGCCCAGAAUAAACCACUCCGAAAGACGUGCCAAUAUGAUUAUGAAGGCUAUGGUGUUGUUUUCCGGUGUUUAUUGUAUUUUGGCUGGCGCUAUUGUUGAAAAAUUCUCCUCAAUUCUACAGACGCUCUAUUCGAUUGAUGGUAUAACAUUAGGAGCAAUAUUUGGGGUAUUUAUGAUGGGCAUGUUGGUGCCUAAGGCUCAUGGCAGGGCAGCAUUUUAUGCUGUUGUCACCAGUAUGUUGACCAUGUUAGUCAUUGUUAUAUUGGCUCAAGGAAGAUUACAUUAUCAAACCCUGCCCCGUUCGGUGGAUUAUUGUCCCGUUUUGAAUAUGACACAAAGCAACAUCUCUCCUUUGGUUAACCUGCCUUUGCCAACUGAAAUCCCCUUAGAUAAAGGUUUCAAUAUACUGGACAUGUCUUUCAAUUGGUAUGUGGUCUUGGGUACAUUUAUUGUGUUUGCUGUUGGAAUACCCUUCAGUUAUAUUUUAACACCUGAAAAGGGCGCCAAAUUCGAUGUCAAACUUCUUUCGUCCAUUAUACAACCAUUUGUUAACUAUGAAUUGGCUCAGGUCAAUGAAGAACUGCCUGAAAUUAUUAAGCCAUAGAACUAAAUUAAGUUACUUUCAGCUUUCCACACUGAUAAUCAAUUUUAGUAUUUAAAUUUCAAUGUGUGUUAAAAGGGAGGGUCAUUAUGUACUGUAUACAUUACCAAAACCGCAUCCUAAUGAUUAGAUUAACACUACAUUGAUCAGGUAGCUCAUUGAGCAUUACACUGAAUACGCUCCAGGAUACACAAAUUGUUGAGCAGCUCAUUUCAUAAAACUAAAUUGUUUCCUGGCCAGGGAAGGAAGUACAAUAAGAAAAGUUUAUACCAUUGCAGCUCUACUAUAGUAUUUUAUUUUCUUUUUCAGAAAGUAUUUUCAAAUAAUUAUUUUUUAUAUUGAAAUAUUAAUAACAAAUAAUUAUUAACAACAUUAUUACAUAUUUAAUUCGAUAAACUCAUUGUUAAAACAUAAUAAAUGCAUUUCAACAAAUUGCAAAAAAUAA